AUGACCCACAAGACGGGCUCCCCUGCACCACUACCCAAAGUCUCAUUCACAACAAUUGACGACGAAAGCUCCUCUCAACCUGCCGGCGUUCAUGACCACCAGGCGAGAUCCUAUGGCUACAAUGAUUUCUCUGAGUUCCAGAAACCGGAUCAUUACAUUCGGUACAUUGAACCAUUGGAGAAGGACUCGGCCAUCCAGGUCGAGUAUGACAUGGACGAGCAAGAUCAGGAGUGGCUCGACGCUCUCAACGCUGAACGGAAGAAGGAGCAACUAAACCCCAUAUCGUACGAGACGUUCGAAGUCGUCAUGGACCGGUUGGAGAAGGAAUGGUUCGACUUGACCAAGAACAUACCGAAGCCAGACUACGCUAUGCCCUCCGAAGACUCUACCUGCGCUAUCUGCGACGAUUCUGAGGGGGAGAACAGCAAUGCUAUCGUUUUCUGUGACGGCUGCAACCUUGCCGUCCACCAAGAAUGUUAUGGAGUACCCUAUAUCCCUGAAGGCCAAUGGCUUUGCCGUAAAUGCACCGUUUCCCCUGAAAAUCCUGUGUCGUGCAUCUUUUGUCCGAACGAAGGCGGCGCGUUCAAGCAAACUACGACAGGCGAAUGGGCCCACCUCCUCUGCGCGAUCUGGCUUCCCGAAACGCGAGUUGCGAACGAAGUCUUCAUGGAGCCCAUCAUGGGCAUGGAGUCGAAAGAGCAAGCGGAAAUUCGCGAGGCUGCGUUAGCUAGUUCCAGCGUAUCGUCCAACAGCGUCGUCGGCGUGAAGCUCUCCAAGUCCGCGCGGGCGUAUGCUAAGGCAUAUAACUCGGGCCCUCCUCUAGUCCCUGCGCUCAUCGUGGAACGUAUCAACAAUUACAUCGCCAAGAUUAUCGUGCGCAAGAAACAAGAGUUCUUGUGGCUUGUCUGCAAAUAUUGGAGUCUCAAGCGCGAGGCCCGUCGGGGCGCGCCCCUGCUCAAAAGGUUACAUCUUGAGCCUUGGACUGCGGCAGGUGCAGGACGGACGUUGAGCGAGGAGGAAAAGACCAUGAAGCUCGACUUACUCAAGCGACUAAAGACCGACCUGGAGCGGGUGCAACAGCUCGCGGAGCUCACGCGGAAACGCGAGAGCCGCAAACGUAUACAGACGGACAGCAUUCAGAAGGUCGUUGAGGUCGCGUUGCUGGCGCAUGAAGCACCUCUUCGGUACGCUUUCGAACGUAUAUUAGCUUAUGAUCGACAAGAUUUGUUCAAGCACCCUGUAUCAUCCACCGAAGUCCCAGAUUAUCACGAGGUCAUCAAGAAGCCAAUGAGCUGGGACGAUAUUAGCGCUAAGCUUGAUCGUCAUGAGUAUUGGGACCUCCAGAAUUUCAAGGAUGACGUCCAGCUGGUUCUGACAAACGCUACAUCAUACAAUCAGCCAGGCAGUCCGUUUUAUAAAGCAGCCCAACGGAUACAAGCCUACAGUCAGCCCAUCCUCUCCGAGCUUGACAAUCUCACCCAUAAACAUCCUCUGCAAUUGUUUAAUUCGGAACUCAUGUCGGAAACUCUUGGAGACUUGGAACCCCCUCUGGAAAUUAUUGAAAUGCUGGCGAAUGUUAACUCCGUCAAGGACGACACUCCGCUUCUCCUCGAUGGCUCGGACGACCCCUUGUCCUAUAUCUUCAACUUUGCCAUCGGUGAACUCAAGCCUCCGCCGCCGCCGCCACCUCCACCUGCCCCCGCUCCGAAAGUGCUCAAGCGUGGUAGAAAGAGCGCGGCUGACCGCGCCAGAGCGAAUGAAGAGGCCGAGGAGCUGGCAGCGGCAAUCUCUGUCAAGGCUGCGGAUGCCGAUCGCGUCAAUGGAGGACAAGCCGCCGAGGGUGAAGCUAAGGCUGAAACUUCGGCUGCUGCUGCAGAGACGUCCUCCCCUGCGCCCGAACCGGAGGCGCAGGCGACUCCCAUCACGAAAGGUCGCGGACGUCGCGGAAAGGCUCCUGACACUGCUUCGGACGCCAUCCCUGCUACUCCUGAGACUGAGAGCGAGGCCCCGACAUCCAGGGGCAAGCGUGGUACACCGGGAUUCAAGCACAGGGAGCCGAUGAUCGUUGAGGAUGUCUCGAACCACGAUACGUUCAGGAUGUUUGAGCAGGGUUGGAUUCUCCCAAGUGGGCAAAAGCGCGGCGGGCGGCAGGAACGGCUGCCCGGGCCACCACCGAAGAAGAGGAUGCGAGUCUCCCGCGGCGUCUCAAACUUGUCGGCGUUUAGCACGCAUGCGUCAGAUAACCAUACGCUGCAGCAGUCGAGUGAUCAGCCUGACGGCACUAGUACCCGCGAGGCGAGCGCUGCUGCGCCUGUCGUUGCGUCUUCCGAGACCCCGGUGGAACCAGUUGCGCGAGAGCAUUUAAUGGCUGUGGAGACGAAACCGGAGGAAUCGGCGGAUGCCCAGCCCGCGCCAGCUCAACCUGCGGAUGACGAACCCAGCCAAGACCAGCAACAUGCAGACGCCGAAGUUGACUUGGGGCAGCCAGAGGCCAGUGCCGUCGAGCAACCGAUGGACGUCGACGCUGGAAUCGAGCCAGCGGCCGUCAAGGAAGAACCAGAGAAACCGGCUGACGCGGCUGUCGACGCUGAGCAGACAGAUAAGGACGGCGACGCGGCAGUGGAAAAGCUGUCAAGUCAAUCUUCGGAUGCCGCAGCGGAACCAGAGCAAGCGAUGGACGUUGAUGUUGAAAUUGCAGACAAGCUGGACGACGCAGUAGGCGAACCAGAACCAGACGCGGCCGAAGAAUCCUCCGACGAGGUCCUGAGCCCAGAGGAGCUUGAGGAGCAGUUAAAGCUGGCAAAGCAGAAGUUCCCGGAUGCGAUGAUCUUUAUCGAGGAUAACCAGGUGAUCAUUCAGACGUACGAUACCCCUGCGUCUCGCCGCAAAGGUUACAAGAAGAAGCCAGCGCCGACCCCGGUUGAGGUUCCGGAGAAGCUAGAGAAGCCAGGGAAGCCAGGACGCCGUGGUAGACCAAAGAAAUCGAAGGCGGACGAAGUGGAGGAGAGCGUGAAGGAUAUCGUGGGAGGCGAUGCAGAGGGCGACAUAGACGGCGAUGCAAAGGAUGGUGCAGAAGAUGGUGCAGAAGAUGGUGCAGAGGAUGGUGCAGAGGAUGACGUAGAGGGUGGCGCAGAGGAUGAUGCCGAGGACGAUGCAAAGGAGCAUGCGUCGGACCUCAGCGAUCUCAGCGAGCUGGAGAGCGAGGAGGCCCCCGCCGAGUCAUCGACUCGACGUGGCAGAGGUAAAAAGAUUUCCACGCCUGCUAGGGCGACUCGGUCGAACGCGGUAUCGACCCCGAAGGCAAAGGGCAAACCUGGUCCAAAACCCAAAGCGAAGGCUCAAACAGGUCCGAAGAACAAGCCCGGGCCGAAACCUCAACACGAGAGCGUCGUCAAGGACGGCCCCGCUGUGAUAACUCUGCAUGAGGGCGAAGGGCUCGAGUCAGGGACCAUUGUUUGGGCUAAAGCAGAUACCUACCCAUGGUGGCCAGCGGUCAUCUAUAACACAGCGGACCCCAGUAUCCCGCAGCGGGUCAAAGACGAGGAAAGCAAAACCAAGAGGACUAUGCCCGGCCGCCUGCACCUGCUGCGCUUCUUUGACAGGGGUGGUCAUUGGCAAUGGCUCGAACUCGACCGUCUCCUUUUGCUUGGCGAAGACAAAGAACUUGAUGAGGACAUGAUCGAGAAGAGGUCUCAGCGGCAGCGUUGGAAGUCGCCGGCGGUGCUGAAGGAAUGUCGGGACGCCUACAAGUCAGUGCAAGCCCUGAUAGCUAUGCCUCAAGCUGACCUUGUUCCUUUCUUGAGGCGUGCGAUCGCAACUAUGGGAAAUGAUGCGAAGGAAAGCGAGGAAGUGUCGAGCGGAGCGGCGCCGGAGGCUUGA